CGCUGUUCUUUCUAAUGGCCUCCUACUGUUGUGCAAGUUCGGCCCUCCUCCUCUCCCUUUCAGACAGUCCCGCAUUGCACCCAACAGGGGCAGAGGGGGAGCCUUUGUGGGGAGCGGGGCUCCGUUUACCCCUCCGCCCCUUGCAGUUCCCUCUUAAGGCGAGACACGGCCUGCGCAGGGAAGGGAAGACGAAGCUCCGGAUCUGCCCCAAAUUCAGCGAGGCGCUGGAAAAGCGAAGCGAGUUCGGUCUUGCCCCAGGAAGCCUCGCCGCCUUCCCCCGCCCGGGACCAGGCGGAGCCAACAGCAGGAGCAGCAGCAGCUGGAGGAGGAGAGGAGGAGGAGGAGGGGUGAGAGGUCGGCCAGCUCCGGUCGCCCGUAGAGACAGAGGAGUCCCGAGUUUUGAGGGCGGCGACGGGCCAAGCAGGGACGGCAGAAACCGAGCACUUAAAAGAGCUUGCUGAAAAUGUCUAGCAAAACCUCUGGCACAACAAACAACAUAGCUCAGGCCAGAAGAACUGUUCAGCAGUUGAGAAUAGAAGCAUCUAUAGAACGAAUAAAGGUAUCCAAGGCAUCAGCAGAUCUAAUGUGCUAUUGUGAGGAGCAUGCUAGGAAGGAUCCUUUAUUAAUGGGCAUACCUGCGUCGGAAAAUCCCUUCAAGGAUAAAAAGACCUGUACAAUCUUAUAGGCAAAGCAGCAAGAUGCAUUCAAGACCCUCCCUGUGAAACCAACCAACCAGUUUCCUAGAGAAGUAACCUGAAGAUCAUCUGGUACCAACUGUAUGAAACGGCAAUCAAUUUACAUUGUGUAUCAAUGAACUUUUCGGUUUCUAAAAAGUUUCUUUUCUUUAUAUUGUUCAGCAUGGGAAUGCAAGUAGAGUUACUUAUGAAAUGGAAUGGUUCUAAGAGCUUAGUUGUCCAUUGGAUUCUGCUGGCUUUUAUGGGAUGAGAGAUAGCUGGGAUGGGUUUUACUUUAAAGUGCAAUGAAUGUUCACAGUUCAAGGUAUUGGGUUGAACAAUCAAGACCAAAGUUGCCUGAGCUUCAUUUACAGAGUAGUGAGGCAGAAGCAGAGUUGUAAUCAAGCUUACUUUACAUUUUGAUUAUAUACUGGUGUCUAUCCUUGUGUAUGUGAUUGAUGUCUAUAUCUAGAGCGUGUAUGUAUAUUUGUUUGGAUAUAUACACACAUUCCAAGUGCAUUCUUUAACAAAAUGCACCCUUCAAAAUUAAUUAUUACAUUUAUUGAUACACAUUUACAGUUCAUAUUGUUACCAUCAAAUAUGUCUUAAGUAUUUAAUUGUCUCAAGAGCCUAUAGACUUAGUACAAAGUCUGUUUCCCAAAAUUAUUUUGAAAGGUUUUCAUAACCUUUGAUUUUAUAUUUUUCAUAUCUCUUCUGUAAUUAGAGUGUACCAGCUGUACACAGAUUCUUAAAACAAGUUUUAAAGGAAAAAAAGUCUUAUACCUUUCCAUUGCUUCAGAGGAACCCUCUACCAAAUGUCUUCCCCACACAACUCCUGUUGAACUGUCUGUAGGCAUCCAAACAUUUCUUGCUUUGAUAGCUGAUUCCACUUUUAUCAAAUGCCAAAUAAUAUCUUAAAGGAACGGGCAGGCACUGAGUGCAGUCAGUUCAUGGUGCUGUUUCUUCUAUACAAGGCCUGUUGGGGUUUUUUUAAUGGGAGUUGUGCUGAAAAGAUGCUUGGAGGAUAGAAGGAGGGACCUGCAUCAAAUUCUUGGCAAAUCUAAGCUGUAUUAAAAUAUGUGUAUGUGGAAUACAAAGUGGAAAAUACAAUACUGACUUUUUCCAGACCAUCAGUAUUUAUUUGCAUUCCAUUUGUUGCCACUGCCAGCACUUUAAGAGCUUUUAAUUUUAUGUCCUUCCAUAUCUGUGCAUUUAUAGAAUUUAAGUACAUUGUUACUGGCCUUGUAAUAAAUGUUUAGGGGUUGAUAUGAGGGUAAGGGGCCUGCACAGUAUGUCUAAAUUCUUUUAGAACAACCCUGAGAGCAAAAAUUGUAAAAUCAACCAGUGGCAUUCCCAUUACAGGGUUUAGAAACACCAGCUUCCACCACACUUCUUUUGUUAAAUGCAUGGAUGUAAGUCCUGCUGCAUUACAGAUAGAAUAAAACAAAACUUGUCUUCAGUGUGGUUGCAAGGAAGACCUGGCUACAUAGCCAACAAGUCAAGAUCCCUAUCUUACUCAUUAAUUCUCUCUGUAGUACUGACUUAAACUUCUUGUAUAUUUCUCCUUUAGUUCUGCAUAAUUGUAGGUUAAAAAGUAAUUUAUAAUAAAUAUUUGUCCCUUAUUUUCUCCAAAACUUGAAAUCAACCAGCUGUGAGAAAAAAAUUAAAUAAUUGUAGUGUUUGCCCUUUCUAUCCCUAAAAUUGGAAAAAACUUGGAAAAUUUGCUUAUGAUAGUUCAAUCUGCCUUUUCACAUUAAAUUGUUAAUCAAAUUUCCAUAUGCAGACUCCCCACUGACACCAUUUUGCUUGCAGUUUAGUGGCUGAUUCAUGUAAAACCAACAAAGAAUAACAGACAAUAUCGAUACAUAAUUAACUUGCAUACUGAUUGUCAACCCACUCAAUGAAAGCAUUUCAGUAGAACGUAUUUCCAAGUACACAGACUUAGGAUCACAUGUUCAGCUGAAGCUGGUCUUUCUGACUUAGUUUAAGAUCUUGGGUAGUUAUUUUUCAGUGUGUGAUACAUCUUUGAAAGUGGUUUGAAUCCAAAAUGUGGUAACUGUAUCCAACCUGUGCAAAUCACUAAAAAAACUGAAAGUACAUAGUCUGCACCAAAUAUUUUAAGAUACUGAUUCACAUGGCCUUCAAGUUGUCACGUAGAAUAUAGAAAGUUCAGAAUGUGUUCCUGGAAACCGACUUCUCUUGGAACAGGAUGACCAUCCCCUGCAAGUAAUCUUCCUAAUGAAGAGAGCCUGGAUGGGUCCAAAUGCCAAGGAUUGCUCCCUUAUUAAUCUGUUUGACUGAACUCCAUUUAUUUUGGUGACUGAAGCUAGCUCAAAAGUUGAAAAAAUCCCAGGUGCCUUUUGCCUGAAUGCCUAAAAAGUUUUCCUAGCUCCUAAAAAGCUGGAACUUUGUAUGGUUUUUCUAAUCAAAUUUUAUCCAUUUGCUUAUAUUUUCAGCCCAUUAGAACUUUGUUCUUAAUGUAAUAAUUUCUACUUACCAAAUUAAUGCAUACUUUUUAAAAAAGUAGUUCUUGUUGACAUUAAUUUAGUACUUGUAUCUAGAAAUUCAUAAUACAGUAAGAGAGUUCAGAGUCUACACACAAGGUUUUUUAAAUGACUGAACAAAAUAUAUGGUUGCGUUAACAUUCUACAAGGCUACAUACACUGUAAUCAGCAAAUGCUGCUGUGUAUACUUUAUUAUAGAAUAAAUUUGGACCCAUCAUGUCAAUAAGCCAGUCAGAAAUUUUAGCUGAAUUUAUGGCUUCCUGGUUUUAAUUUAACCAAUACUUCACUUGCUGUCAGUAGUUUAUGUUAAUCAACUUUGAAAUCAUAAUACAUCUGGCAGUCAUAGUGCAGUUAUACUCCGUGUAAAAUGUCUUCAGAUUAUUAGGUAUUCACAUUUUGGAAAGCUUUACCAUUCUCUAAACAUUGCAUAUGUGAGUUAAAGCCAGUGUUAGCACUUAUUGACCUAGGCAGCUGAAUUAUGGUUCCAGAAGGACUCUAUCAUAGAUAAUUCUCUUGUCUGGAAGGAAAACCUUGGACUGACUAUGGAAUUAUUCAGGGAGAUAAAGGCCUCUAGGGUUUCUUUCAACCACCCAAUGUCCUGUCUAAUAUCUCCUGCCCUGAGUACUGCUACAGAUAUGGACCUCUGGGCUUUAAAUAUGUUUGUUUUCCUUCCAUAUCAGUGCUAUAUCCUUAAGUGUAUUUUAAAAGCUUAUUAAAGUAUUAGAUCUGUUUUUAUGUUGCAAUAUCAGGCAAAAUAGAUUGGAUCCAUUCAUGCCUUUCCAUGUGCAGAAGACUUCAUCCAUUAAUGGAAGGGCUAUUUUCCACAUAACAAUAGUAUGUUGCUUGAUAAAAUGUAAACUAAAUCCAAGUUCAACAUUGGUCUUCUGUGCAGUCCCGCACUGGGACUGGACAUGCAUAGGCCAGCCAUGUAAGAGUUUUCUAACUUUAGAACACUAGAGGGGUACACCUCCUACAGAGUGCAAGGUGGCAUAUUCCUGCCAAAAUUGUCACAUGCCAUUAGAAAACAAUGCCCCCUUCCCUCUUUGCCACUAGCAAGAGAAGAUCCUCUCCUGAUGUCUCAUUUGGUAUUUCUGUUCACAACUGUUCAUUGGUUUCUGAUUACUGGAAAGAAAAGUGCCUAAAAAAGAAGAAAAAGAAAUUGUCACAGAAAAUUACUCAGACAGAUGAGGGCUUUUUCUGUUUAAUAUGCCUUUGUGAAUCCCACAUUGCCUCUACUUGCUGUUUCUGUUAGCAACUGUUCACCCCUAAAGCUUGUCAUGAUAGAUCCUCCAUUGCCUUGGUUAUGUCAGUUCCAUCCUCAGAUUGCUUUAGCACCAAUCACAACUCCAGUUGCCUCUCAUACAAAUUUCUCAGCACCUCCACUGAUAGGCAAGGACAAAGUCUUAAGCACAGAGAUGGGUCCCUUUUUUCCCCCGGACCCACCUAAGCAUGCAGGCAAAGCCCCUUUAGUUCCAGCCCCUGGCAUCUUGAAACCUAUCUCAAUGGAGGAUGUCAAUCCCUGUUUGCCCUAGAUGCCAUCUCCAUAUCUGCAUAUACAGGAUAAGGUCAAUCAAGAAAUCAUCUCCUUAUUUUCAACACCAGCUAAGAAAUAUUAUUAUGCUUUUUCAGAAUUUUCCCAGUACUUGACCUGCAAUUUUCUCACUUGUCCGAUGACAAUUGGUCAUACUUUCCUUCUCCAGUGGAUGGAACUGACUGGGAAGAUUGUUCUUAUUUAUGCCACAAGUGGUUCUAUGAUUUUCCAUCUCAAUGGAUUUGAGAUCAUUUAUCAGUUUGACUCCUGGUUCCAUUCCACAGCUAUCUUUAGGAUUUGGUAGAAAAUGAUGCUGCUCCUCAAACUGAACAUAGUUCCACGUUUCCUUUGGAUACAUCACCAGAUGACACUGUGGGAGAUCCAGCUCCUGUAUUGUCAAAUGACGAGAUCUGACUAUAUCUGAACAGAUGUUGUGAAUGACAAAAUCUUUGGAAAGAGAUAUGAUUUGCUCUGAUCCAAAGCCUGAUAAAAUGCUUAGAGUGUUAUAUUUAUAUACCCUGGUUCUGUAGUCUGUUCUAUGCUAGACAGAUCUGUGGAUAUUUCAAAUUCUAUUUUGAAAGCCUCAUAUCUCUGCCAUUCCAUGAAAAAUUGAAAAUCUGUACAAAGUGAAGCAGGAUGACUACACUUUUCUAUUACCUUGCCCAACCCCAGCAUCUUUGGUGUCUGAUGAGAUUCAGGCCAAACAUAGACAAUAAUCAUGCUCUGUCCCAGUGGACACAGACGACCACAAGUUAGAUGCUGUUGGGUGAAAGGUUUAUGCAUAUUCAGCACUCAGUGUUCAUAUUGCAAACUAACAGGCUAUUAUGGCUGACUACCAGCUUUUUCUCUGGAAACAAAUUUCAAACUUACCUAUACCUUCUCACAGGACAAGAAAUAAUUGGCUAAAGUUUUGCAGACUGAGCCAUUUGGCUCUUGAAGCAACAAAUAAAUGCUGGCAGACAUGUGGCAGACUGCUUCACCUGUGGCCUCCCCUGUUGUGAUCAGGUGCCAUGCUUGGCUCAGAGCUGCUGCCUUGCCUAGUGAGAUUAGGAGCAAGGCAAGAGUUAUUCUUUGAGGGUUCCACCUUUUUUCCCUCAAAAAGUGAUUACACCUUUGCUCACAUUAGGAAAAACAAGCAGAAAGUAAAAUCUCUGGGUGUCACUUAUGAAUGACGCCAGCCUAGCAAACAACUAUUUUUCCAAGCAUCAAUACCCAUCAGUGCUAACAGAUUUUACGCACCUCAAUAUCCAACCUCAAUUGCACUGUAGAAGGAGGGGUUCUAUACCCAGGUCUAAACACCUCCAGUCUUCAAAAAAGUAACAGGACCUGACUUUGCAUGUGCCCCUUCCAAAAAUUAGUUUUUAAGACCAUACAAUCCAUAUGUUUGUUCAAAGAAUGCUAAAUUUUUCAUUCUAUACAAGGUCCCUGAUGUGGUGGUCUUGUGAUACCAAUCUGCAGAGGCGUAGCUAGGCCAGAGUGCGCCCGGUGCACAUUCUGGCUUUUUUGCCCCCACCGCGAUUCUCCUUUUAAAUCCACCUUAAAGGGAGAAUCUGGGGUCCCCAGUUUAAAC